GGUGCGCUGUGUCCCUCGGACACAGCGGAUCACCGAUCAAUGGAAAGAGCCAAAGAUGUCGGCUCAGUCAUGUGAUCAGCCGUGUCCAAUCACAGCCCCAGCAGUGCCACCUGUCAGUGUCCAUCAGUGCCACCUGCCAGUGCCCAUCAGUGACAUAUUUCAGUGCCUACCAGCACACAUCAAUGCCACAUAUCAGUGCCCAUCUGAGCUGCCUUUGAGUGUCACCUAUCAGUGCCAGUCAGUGCCACCUAUCAAUGCCAGUCAGUGCCACCUAUCAUUGCUGCCAAUCAGUACCACCUAUCAAUGCCAGUCAGUGCCACCUAUCAGUGCCAGUCAGUGUCGCCUAUCAGUGCCGCCUAUCAGUGUGCAUCAGUGCCGCCUAUCAGUGCCAUAUAUGAGUGCUGCCUUCAAUGCCCAUCAGUGAUGCCUGUCAAUGUCCAUCAGUG